GUCAUGAUUCAUUGACGCCAUGCUGCACUAUUGUGCUAUCAAAUUGUUCUGUUGUAAAAACUACAAAACAUGAAGUAAUUACUUCACCGAACGUGUAUGCAUGAGAGUGUGUGGAAAUCCUUAUUUUAUUAUUAAUUAUUUGAGAUGAUAGUAUCAUAACUUGAAAAUUUUUUCUGUUAGACAAUGUAAUUAAGGCAAUAUGACGUCAUUAUUUUUGUCGUCUAUAUUGAAAUUUGGCAGUACGCCUUAAAAAUAUGUGCUAGUAUCUCCAUAUUUGUUUGUGAAGGUAUUCGUGUAUAUAUUUUUUUCAAACAGUUGUUAAUUUUCUAAACAUGCCUGCUUGUUGUGUUCCUUAUUGCAGUAACAGAACCGAAAAAGGAAUAAGACUUUUCAUGCUUCCUCAAGGAGACCGAAAUAAAGAAAGGAGAGAAGCUUGGAUCAAAAACAUAAAUCGGGACGAUUUAUCAUCUAGGGCGCAAAUAUGUGAGGUUCAUUUUACCUCUGAUCAGUUUGAAAAUCAUAGAGAAGAUGGUAGAAGAACUCUGAAGAAUAAUGCUAUGCCUACAUUGUUCAGUGAACAGAAGCCACCACAAUUCAAUGAAGACAAUGCAAAGGGUAGAAGAAGAUCCACAAGGAAACGUAAACCUAUUGUUUUUGAGGAAUAUCAAUCUGGAGAUGAAGAUUUAGAAAGUAACUGUAUAAAAAAAGAAAUUAAACCUGAAGAGUCAAGUGAUGACAAAAUAGCUGAACAUAUGCAACAAAUAGAGUUAAUAAGAUGUAGGACUUGCUUGACUAUUGCCCCCAAAAACUUUUCCCAUGCUUUGAUAAAAUUGGUGCUUGGCAAAACUAUCAAACAAGUUAUUAUACUGUGUGUCCCACAAAUGGAACUACAUGAUGAUGAAUACAUAUGUGAUAAAUGUUAUAGAUUUCUUUUGAAGAUCCUGUUGUUCAUUGAUAACUGCCUUGAAUCGGAAGAACAACUAAGAACAGGAAAGAUUUCAUUGGAUGUAGCUAGCAAUGACUUAGGAGAUAUUAACCAAACUAUCAAUCUCCCCAAAAAGAAGGGAAGGCCAAGAAAAUACCCUAUUCUUAUUAAGGAAGAUGAUAAGGAUUACGAGCCAAUCGAUUUAUUGGACAAAAUACCAAGAAAACGUGGACCGAAGCGAAAAACUGAUUAUCAAACAGAUAAAGAACAACAUAAUAUGGAAAAAGAAGAAGAACAUUUAGAAGGUCUCAAAUGGGGCAUACCUAUUUCAGAAGGAAAACCAUUCACUGUCAGGAAAUAUGGAAAAUCAAAAGCUCUCAAUGAUAAUAAUGAGAAUAAAAAGGACUCUUUUACAGUAACUGUUAGUCCAAUUUGUGAUUCAAAUAAUGACAUAAAUGAUAAAUCAAAGAAAGAACUAAAUAUGUCAGGUAGUGGAACAAAUAGUAAAUUGAAUGGUUCAAGUGAUGAGUCGAAUAAACAACUUGAUUGCCCAUGUAAUGAAUCAAAUAGUGAACUAGAUAUUGCAGGUGUUAAAUCAAAUAAUUUCAGUUUUUCUGAUGAAAACAUAGAAAUCCAUGAUGAAACUGAAAUGUUUGUAGACCAUAAAGAAAAUAACGUAAUUCAUGAAGCCGUUCAACAAUCAAUUUUAGUUGAUUUCAUGAUUGAGGAUAUGUCUCCAAAAGAAAAUGAAACUAAUUCUAAAAUUGUACAUAAUGAUCAUUCUUAUGCUCCUGAAAAUUUAAUACAGUUAUUAAGAUGUCCACAAUGUAUUACAGAUUAUCGAACCCUUAGAGGCAUUAAACUACAUUUAACCUCCACACAUAAAAUUGCAGAAGAACAAUCUUUCAAAUGUAGUUUCUGUAAUAUGCAAUUUUUCAGAUAUAACGAUUUAAUAAAACAUAAAAGUACCCAUGGAUAUGCCUGUGAAUUAUGUGAAGAUUUCUUUCCCACUGCCACAGAACUAAAUUCUCAUAUAUCCCUCCAUCCCGAAAGAUAUUAUUGUAUGAAAUGUGGGGAAAAGUUUCAUAAAAAGGAUUUGUUGGAUAAACACGAGCCUUUGCAUGAGAGAAUGUCAAAAAUCCUUGCAUUAAUAAAGAAUACGACAAAACCAAUGCUCCAAUGUCCCCAUUGUAGUCUGACGUGUGGUUAUAUCAAUACUCUUCAACAGCACAUAAAUUCAGUUCAUCUUAAAAUUAAAGAGUUUGAAUGUAGUCUAUGUCAAAAGAAGUUCGGUGCAAGCAACUCUUUAAAAGUACAUGUGAGAGUCUGUCAUUCAACCGAAACACCAUAUGUUUGCGAGGAAUGCGGUGUGGGCUAUGGACGAUUAGAUUAUCUGCAAAGACAUGAAAAAACUCAUUCUAUCAAACAUAAUACUUUUAUGGUUCUCGCAAAGAGAAAUUACAGCAAAGUGGCAGCUAAAGAUAAUGGACUCAGUUGCAUUUUUUGUGCUAUUAAAAUGUCGUCAAAACAAGAAUUGAUUGCUCAUUUACAAACUCACAAUGGUCUGAAAAAGUUUGAAUGUGAAUACUGUGAAUUAAUACUCAAUUCUCCCAGUGAAAAACAUUUCCAUGAAAGUACUCAUAAAAAUUCAUAUAUAUGUACCACCUGUUCGAAAAACUUCUCAACUAAAAAAGAAUUAAGAAUUCAUGAAGAUCUCAAGGAAUGUAUGUUACAAAAAUUCACUUGUAUUAUUUGUAAUUCAACACAUGCAAGACAAUCACUCUUAGAGACACAUAUUUUAAAUGAACAUGUGAAUAAAAUACUGAUAGAUAAAGCUAAUUCUGAGAUAGGUCAAAUAAAUGUUAAUCGGAAAAAUAUUGAAAUGGAAUGGAGCACUGACGAAGAAGAAGUAACUGAGAAAACAGAAGAAAAUGCAUUAAAUAACAAAACUAAUCAAAACACAAAUGUUGAUGAACUCAAUCUAGAACAUACCAAGGAAGAAGGAUAUAUACUUGGUGUAGACGAAGAUUCAGCCAUGGAAAAAUCAAUAGAAAUUGUUGAUUACCACACCAAAAAAGCAGCCCAAGAGAAAAACGAGGAAUGUCAAAAUGAUGUUAAUUCAAAACAAGUCUUAAAUCGGGAUCAGGAAUUAGAAUUGGAAGAAGAAACUUUAUGUAUAAUUCUAAUCGAUCAGAAAUCUGAACAGAUUGGUUUAAAGGUAGAAAAUAGAAACAAGGAAAUAGGUCAAGAAAAUCAAAACUUAGAAAUAGAUUAUGGUACUGAUAACGAAAGUAAAGAACAUGAGCAGAUAGAAAAGUGAAAAUAUAGUGAAAGAAUUGAGAGAUUAAAAAAAAUAGCACAUUAAAGUAGUAUAAUUCAUGGAAAAAUUAUGGUUGGUAUAGACUCUGUGAAAUUGAACUAAUUCAAAUAAAAUUCCACCCCAUUUAUUUGACAACACUUUUCAGUAUACCAUACUUUAAUACAUGUGAGCAAUAAGUUUAUAUUUCAUCACAUUUCAUAGAAUUUAAUUACAUAUUUUUGUUUCAACAUUAAAACGACAUUAUCUAAGAUCUGCAUCAUUCUAAUAAUUUAAUUUUAUUUUUUACUUCAUAUAUUUACUUCAUAUGGGGUAGUACAAUAAUUUUAAUCAAUUUAUAUAAUGUUCUCAAAGCUUAAUAAAUCAUGAGGGUGAAAUUUAUACUGUUGAGACUAUUUGUGAAAUAAAACUAUGCUUAGUUGGAAUAAAA